UCUCUCUCUUUCUCUAUAUAUAUCUCUUUCUCUCUCUCUCUCACUCUCACUCUCACACUCCCUCUCGCUCUCUGGCUCUCUCUCUCUCUCGUGUGACACUCGCACUCAGCCUUCUGUCAUGUCAGGGUUAAGUUGGCGGGCGAGAGGGGUGGAGCGAGACUUAAGGUCUUAUGUAUUGUUAUCAUUUUAGUUAAGUUUCCCCUGUGAUUUGGGAGCCUUCGUCGGCCAUUUUCCGUGCGUCUUCUAGAAAUCCAGCCUAGACCGACGACCCUUUCCUGACCUGAAGACCACCCCCCCCCUGGACGACCAUGCUGAACGCCGACGAGACGAAGGCCGUGGCGUUGGUGGUCAUGGCGGUCGUGACUCUGGUCAUGGCAUUCCUGCCUCUCUACGUCCGGAAGGUGCUGAGUCACCGCAUGGCCCAGACUUUCGCGCAGGUGGUGCUGUCGGGGUGCCUGUGCUUCGGCGCGGGCGUGCUGCUCUCCAUCGUGUUCCUGCACCUGCUGCCGGAGACGCGCGCCACGCUCGAGAACGCGAUGGACGCCGACCUGUUCCCGCACAGCCACUACCCCGUGGCCGAGGUGGUCCUGGUGGGCGGUUUCUUCCUGGUGUACCUCAUGGAGGAGCUCAUCCACACGUGGAUCCACCGCGCCCACCACAACCAGCACCACCGCCAUGGCGACGCAGAGGCUCCGGGCGCCGACGCCAAGGCCGCUGGCGACGGCAGGAAGCGUGAGCGGCUGUCCUCCGAGGGUCCGGCGGCGGCGCAGGAGGCCGUCGGGGGCCACGGGUCGGUGCGCGGCGUGGCGGUGCUCAUGGCCGUGGACGGGCGCGCGAACGAGGCGUUCGAGGGCGACGGGUGCGUGGGCGGCCAGGUGGACACGGCGGCCCGGAACAACGUGCACACCAUCCCCCACCACCACACGCCCGCCGUCGACAAGAACGUGUCGGUGAUGGGCGCCGUGGUGGUGGUGGUGGCGCUGUCCUUCCACAGCGUGAUGGAGGGCCUCGCGCUCGGCCUGGAGGAGGAGCCGCGGGACGUGUGGAUCCUGCUGGCGGCGCUCACGUCCCAUAAGAUCUUCAUCGCCUUCAGCAUGUCCAUGGAACUGCUGGAGGUGGGCGUGUCCCUGAAGCCCUUCGUGGCCUCCAUGGUCGUCUUCUCGCUGGCCUCCCCCAUCGGCGGCCUCGUCGGGGCCCUCGUCGUGGCCUAUGCGGGCGACCAGGAGAGCGCGAGCGCCAUGCUCGUGCCCACGUUCCUGCAGGCGGUGUCGGGGGGCACCAUCCUGUACGUGGCCUUCUGCGAGGUGCUGGAGCGCGAGCGAGCCAAGCCCAAGGGCGGCAUGGUGCGCCUCCUCGCUCUGCUGUUGGGCUUCUGCCUCAUGGCCGGCCUGGAGGCGGUCGGGGGCCACGAGCACGGCCACAAGAGCGAGCCCCCGACGGCCACCGCCGCCCCGUAGUCGCGCCCCGAGGCCGGCCAGCGCUGGCACAGGAGUUGCUGUGAUGCCCCUUUUGGGAAUCGGAAUGGCGUCGGGCCCGGAAGAACUUGCUUACGAGAGGCCGUCGUUGUGGGGGCUUUCGGGGAAGCACUGGAGCGGCCGGGGAAAGCAGGGCUUCGCUUUCCAGGCGGAAGAUGAAGUCGGCGAGAAAAAGAGUUCUCCUUUUUUUUUUUUUAAUUAGUGGCAGUUUAAUGGCAGAGCGGAGUGGCAUGAGAAGCAUAACCUGAACCUUUUAAAAAGAACAUUAUUUUGCCAUUUUAGAAGGAGAUUAAACAAAUAAACAUACAGAAAGCAAAACAGAGCAAAUGCAAAAUAUCUAUAACUUUCCACUAUAUUUUUACUUAUAUGCAGCAUUCUAUAUAUAUAUAUAUUUUUAUAGCCAAGAAAAAAAUGUUUCUCUUUCCCAUGAAGAUUCUGAGCAAAGGACAAAAGAAUUAUGGAAAAUGAUACAGUGUCACGCGGGAUUUAUUUUUCGUAUUUUCAUGAGUCAAAAGGACAAACAAGUUAGUAUUUCGUCACAAGGGUAUGAUGAUGAUGAUGAUUAUAAUGAGAAUCAUAAUAAUAAUAAUAUUAUUAAUACUACUAUUAUUAAUAACAAUAAUGAUAAGAAGAGUGAUAUUAUUAUUAUUAUCAUCAUAAAUGAUGAUAAUAAUAAAAAUACUAAUGAUAAUGAUAAUGAUAAGAUAAUAAUAAUAAUAAUAAUAGCAAUAAUAAUAAUAAUAAUGAUGAUGAUAACAAUAAUAACAGUAAUAAUAAUAAUAACGAUGAUAAUGGUGACAAUAAUAACAAUAAUGAUGAUUAUUAUAAUGAUUAUAUCUUUAAUAAAAAUAAUAGUAAUAAUUACAAUGAAUAAAAGAAGAAUUGCAGAUUACACAACAUUGUCAUUGCCCUUGCUACUUGUGAUAAAACUAUAUAAACUAUUCUUUCAACAUUUGAUAAAACGAAAUGAGCCAAAUGAAGGUCACCUACUGUGUCAUAGUCUUGUCUCAUUAUCUUGCCCGUACUGAGAAACAGAUAAAUUUGAUCCUGUUUUCUAGUAUGAAGUCUAAAUAUAUCUAUUUUAUGAUAACAGCC